CUCCUUUCAGUCCUCGUUUACUUGGAGUUACAUUCUUUCUAGCCUGCCUUACGUUUUUCGUUGUUCCUACUUGUAAUUUAAUACCCUUGGCUGUUUGUUGGAAAUUCUGCAUCUUCAACUUAACUGGUAUCCCCCUGGAAUAUUAAUUGAAGUUUCAAAAAUGAUGCGUUCUAAACCCUCGAUUCUCCUUUUGCUCACGUUCUUUUUGUUCCAAAUUGUAUCUGCUGAUAGCGACGACUGGGAUGCUUACAAAUGUAACUCUACUGUGAGCUGCCCCAAAUCAAGACCUUGUUGUUCUCAAUAUGGGAUUUGUGGGGUAGGUAGUUACUGUUUGGGCGGAUGUGAUGUUCGUUAUUCCUACAAUCUUGAUGCAUGUAUGCCUAUGCCCGCUAUGGAAAAGUACAGUGCUGUAUUCGACAGUACAAAAUUAUUCAUGAAGCAAACUGAAUAUUUGGGCAAUUCUAGUGAAACUGAUUGGGUUUAUACUGGUUACAUUGACACUUCUGAUGAUGCUCUUUUGAUACAAAUGCCUAACGGAACCACGGGUACCGUGGUCUCGUCUACAAAGUAUACCUGGUAUGCCAACAUCACUGCUAGAAUCAAAUCAUCCCGAGAUGACGGGGUGGUUACAGCUUUUAUCUUGUAUUCUGAUGUUCAGGAUGAAUUGGAUCAUGAAUUCGUUGGCUAUGACUUAACUCAUCCUCAAUCUAAUUACUAUUCUCAUGGUAUUUUGAAUUACAACCAUGCAGAAAACACUUCUGUGACUAACACGUUCAAGAACUAUCAUGAUUACACCUUUGACUGGACUGAGGAUGAAAUCACCUGGUACAUCGACGACAAAAAAAUCCGUACAUUGAAGAAGGAAGACACAUGGAAUUCUACCACUAAAAGGUAUGAUUACCCUCAAACUCCUUCUCGUAUUCAAUUCUCUUUAUGGCCUGGUGGUGAUACUUCUAACGGUGUUGGUACCAUUGAGUGGGCUGGUGGUCAAAUUAACUGGGAUUCUCAAGACAUUCAAGAUUAUGGCUACUACUACGCGUUUAUCAAAGAAAUUACUGUUAUCCCUCAUGAUUUGCCCUCGGACAUUGAGGAGGUCGAAUCGGAAGACGGUGGUGAUGAUUUCAAUGCCUACCUCUAUAAUAGUACUGAUGCUGAUGAAAACAAUAUUUACUUGACUAACAAGAAAACUUGGCUUGGGAAUGAUGAGGCUACUGGUUUAGACCCUGAUAACGAAGAUGAUGAUGAAGACGACUCUAAAACCGAAACUGUGGUAGAGACUUCAGGAUCUCAAGUACACACUAAGACUACGACGAAGACGAAGUCUAAAAGUACUGUUUCAGCUUCCUUACCUACAGCUAAAGCCACCACCUCCACUUCUAACUAUAAUCCAAGUGCUGGAAUCGGUGGAUUUGUACAAGAUUCUGAUGCCACUUCGUCUUCUUCUACGACCAGUUCUGGUUCUGGUGCAUCCACUUCAAGUAAUACAUUAGGAGGUUUAGUUGGUUUCUUUGUUACUGUUGGAUUCGGAUUUUUUUGGAUUUAGUCCCUUCAACUAUAUAGGAUUUGGGUAUAUUUAAAUUAAGGAAAAAGAAAAACAUCUAGUAGGUUAUUAUUAAAGGCAUGUCUAUAUUGGCUGCAAUCAUUUAUUACAGCACCUUUGCUACUGACACCUAUUGAGAGUUUAUUGGUGAAUACACGCCCUCCUUUUUUUUGGCGUGUUCGAUCGAUUCGAGCUUGAAAAAUGAACAACAAAUUAUCAUUGAAUCGACAACAACAGAAAAAGCUUUUCAGCAAUCAGACCAAUUGGAUCUAAAUACGUGUUUUUGAAGUAACAUAUCAACAAUCUGUAGCUGUUUUACUUAUUCUGUGGCCAAAAAUGAAGAUGUUAACCAAGUUCGAGUCCAAGUCAUCAAGGGCUAAAGGGGUGGCAUUACACCCUAAAAGGCCUUGGGUUUUGGUAUCCUUACAUUCAUCAACUAUCCAACUCUGGGAUUAUCGGAUGGGUACAUUAAUCGAUAGAUUCGAAGAUCACUCCGGUCCCGUGAGGUGUGUAAGCUUUCAUCCUACUCAGCCUUUGUUUGUUUCAGGUGGUGACGAUUAUUCAAUUAAAGUGUGGUCGUUGAACUCAAGGAAAUGUAUUUUUACCUUGAACGGACACUUGGAUUAUCUCAGAUCUGUAUCUUUCCAU